GAGCUCCACCGCAGCAUGGCCCCCAAACUGCUGCUUCUGCUUUGCCUCUUUUCCGGCUUGCGCGCGCGGUCCAGAAAGUUAGAAGAGGAUGAAUAUGAAGAUUCAUCAUCAAAUCAAAAGUGGGUCUUGGCACCAAAAUCCCAAGACACAGAUGUGACCCUUAUUCUCAACAAGUUGUUAAGAGAAUAUGAUAAAAAGUUGAGGCCAGAUAUUGGAUUAAAGCCUACCAUAAUUGAUGUUGACAUUUAUGUUAACAGCAUUGGGCCAGUGUCAUCGAUAAACAUGGAAUAUCAAAUUGAUAUAUUUUUUGCUCAGACUUGGACAGACAGCCGCCUUCAAUUCAACAGCACAAUGAAAAUCCUCACCCUGAAUAGCAACAUGGUGGGGCUGAUUUGGAUCCCAGAUACCAUCUUCCGCAAUUCUAAGACUGCAGAGGCCCACUGGAUCACCACACCCAACCAGCUCCUCAGAAUCUGGAAUGAUGGGAAAAUCCUCUACACUCUAAGGCUCACCAUCAACGCAGAAUGCCAGCUCCAGCUGCACAACUUCCCCAUGGAUGAGCACUCAUGCCCACUGAUUUUCUCCAGCUAUGGCUACCCCAAAGAAGAAAUGAUUUACAGAUGGAGAAAAAAUUCAGUUGAGGCAGCUGAUCAAAAAUCAUGGCGUCUUUAUCAGUUUGACUUCAUGGGCCUCAGAAACACCACAGAAACUGUUACCACAUCUGCAGGCGAUUAUGUUGUCAUGACUAUAUAUUUUGAACUAAGUAGAAGAAUGGGAUACUUCACUAUUCAAACAUACAUUCCCUGUAUACUGACUGUGGUGCUAUCUUGGGUGUCAUUUUGGAUCAAAAAAGAUGCUACACCAGCAAGAACAGCACUAGGCAUCACGACGGUACUGACCAUGACCACUCUCAGCACCAUUGCAAGGAAGUCCUUGCCACGAGUGUCCUAUGUGACUGCCAUGGACCUCUUUGUGACUGUGUGCUUCUUGUUUGUCUUUGCUGCUCUGAUGGAGUAUGCCACUCUUAACUACUAUUCGAGUUGUAGAAAACAAACCACCACUAAGAAGAAAUCAUCUUUAUUGCAACAAGAUUCCUCAAAAUGGAUUCACAAGCAAAUAAGCAUACAAGCCCCCUCCAACUACUCUCUCCUCGAUAUAAGGCCACCCCCACCUGCAAUGAUUACUUUGAAUAAUUCCAUGUUCUGGCAGGAGAUUGAAGACACUUGUGUCUAUGAGUGUCUGGAUGGCAAAGACUGCCAGAGCUUCUUCUGCUGCUAUGAAGAAUGUAAAUCAGGAUCCUGGAGAAAAGGACGUAUUCACAUAGACAUCUUGGAGCUGGAUUCAUAUUCCCGCAUCUUCUUCCCUACAUCAUUCCUGCUCUUUAACCUGGUCUAUUGGAUUGGAUACCUGUAUCUCUAAUUGCCUUCCAUAGCAAUGCUUUCACACUCUACAAUUCUCUACUUUCCCUCAUCUAGAACAUAAUGACCAAUCCAAAGUUACAAUGAAUAACAC